GAUCAAAUGUAGAAUCAUACGAAUGCAGCAAAUUAUCGCUCUCAGUAUAGAUUUAGUAGAUUGAGGUUCAAGAAAUGGAACGAUAUGAGGAGGACAUAUAUCGUUUGAACUUAAGAAUCAAAGAGCUGAUAUCCAGAAACGAUUUGCUGGAAUCCCAAAACGAACAGCUAGCCAUCGAAAACCAAGCAUUGUUGGUGGAAAAUGUUCACCUAAAAGCAGAAACCAGUAGUCUAUCUCAGAGCAAUGUGCAGUACAAGAUGCAACUUGAGAAGGAAAUCGCCCAACGGGAACAGCUGUACGAGGCCAAUCAAAGGCACAAAACACGCUAUCGGGCGCUGUUGGAUCGCUUCACCGAGCAAAGCGAGAAGGUGAAAAUGCUGGAACACAGCCUUCGGUCGGCGGCGUCCACCAAGAGGAUCAAUCACGUGCCGGUGGAAAUAAUUGGUAUGAAUAACUGCGGAGGACAGAAUUACCUUUUCAUAAGGGAUGGUAUACAAAUUAU